CUAAGCAGCCGAUCUACUAUAAAAAGGCCGAACAACGAUAUUCCAAAUCAGUACAAUUUAGUGAUUGCUCACAAAAUCAUUUGAACUUUAGUUCUUACACGUUUUAAUUUAUUAACUCAUUUUCAAUAUGUUCAGGCUGAUUGUUUUGUUCGCCGCUUUGGCUACAAUCAACGCACAAUACCUUGCACCAGCUAUAACCAGCCAACAAAAUAACAUCUACCGUUCAUUCGGUAACUUGGGACAAGUUGCAACUCAAUCAAAAACGAUCAACACUCCUUUCUCAUCCGUCUCAAAAAGUGAUGUUCGCGUAAGCAACCCAGGAGUCUUGUCAGCAGGAUAUGGUGGUGUUUAUGGUGGCUAUGGUGGUUAUGGUGCCGUUCCAGCCGUUGGUUAUGGUGCCGUUCCAGCCGUCGGUUAUGGUGCCGUUCCAGCCAUAGGUUAUGGUGCAGGUUAUGGUGCUAUUGCUCGUCCAGCUGUUGUUGCCCGUCCAGCCGUUGCUGCCGUUCCAGGAGUUGGUCUUCUUGGCGUUGCAUACUCCGCUGCACCAACAGUCGCACACAUGAGCUAUAGCAAUGCAUUGGGACUCAACUACGCCUGGUAAAUUGACGACGACGAUUCGCCUCCGAUUUUAUUUCUCAAAAACAAAAAACGAGCGCAAAAUAAAUUCGCUAGAUGCAAAAAACAAAAAUCCAACAGAAUUCCAACCACGCCAAUUAGCACAAUGCCAGCAUUGUGCUCUUUAAUAUUGAAAUUGAAAAAAAAAAUGAUGAAAUUACCGAAUUUUGGUCAAAUCAAUUAGAAGAGAAAAUAAAA